AUGUUUCAACAAUCAUUCCUUCAUCUUCUAAGCUUCAGCCUCGCUGCCUCGGCGCUACCACAAAGUCUCUCCGAGAGACAUGCAAAUUCAGCUGCAAGAGCGACCGUACCUACCAUCUGGGUAGCAGGUGACUCUACAACCGCUCCUGAUGGCGGUCACAACGGUACAGAAGGCUGGGGACAAUACCUCCAGUACUCGUUCGGUGCCAACGUUCGCGUAAACAACUCCGCUUAUGCCGGACGAUCCGCGCGCUCGUUCACACGUGAAGGCCGUUUCGACAGAAUAGCCCAAGCCAUCCAACCCGGAGAUUGGGUAGUCAUCGAAUUCGGCAUCAACGAUGCGGCCACGCUCACGAAUGGCUCGACGAGCUCAACAGGGGACAAGGGUAGACCGUCUUGCCCAGGAGUAGGCAACGAAACAUGUACAGUGACGUUCAACAACGUCACAGAAACCGUCUACACAUUCCCCCACUACAUCAAAACCGCAGCAUCCACCUUCCUCUCCCUAGGCGCAUCCGGUAUCAUCAUCUCGGAGCAACUCCCCACCAAUGUUUGGGAGUCUGGUACUUAUACGUUCAAACCUUCAAGGUUUGCUUAUUACGAUAUGUACGUGACAUGGCUGGUUUAG